UGGAAAUGCAAAAAUCAGAAAAGAGUGGAAAAAUCUCGGAAAGAACAGAGCUUGGUGUGGGGUGGUGGUGGCUGAGGUGUUGGGGGUGGUAGAGAGAGAAAGUGGAAGGGCAAAAAACAACCUUUUUAGAAAGGGAAAACAAGAGAGAGAAAGCUUUUCCACCCUCUUCUUCCCCACUUUCAGAGGGUCGAAGAAGAGAAGGUUCUCUGGGAUCAUCCUGAAAAAGGGCAGUCAAGAGCAAAACCAGAAAAAGAAAAAAAAAAAAAAAGUUACCCAAAAAAAAAAACACAAACAUUUGAUCAUUUCUCACGUUAAUUCAUUUCUUCCCAAUUGUUUUCCGACAUUAUACGAUUGAAUUUUUCUUCAGCUGCCUUCCGGGGCCCACCAAUUUUUCCAUACACCCAUCGCCAUUUUCAAUAAUUGUGGAAACUUUUCGUCCUCGGCAACAAGAAAGCAGCAAAAAGAACAAUUCAUCUUAUAAUCAUUCGUUGACUGCCCUUUCAUCCUCCUUUUGGCUUGUGAAACAAUGCUCUCAUUUAUUUCUUGUUAUGAAGCAAUGCUUGGCAAGUUUGAGCCUUUUCUGAACAAAUUUGCAGCUAAAGAUUGCAUCUUGGAGAAAUUUUAAUGAUUCGUCGACCCUUGUUUGUUGGAUUGCUGGAGACAACGCAGGUAGAAUAGGCUAAAAAUAGAAAUCCGGAACAAUGAGAGGCCCUGAUUCGAUGGAUGGGUUGGAAAGCGCUGAUGUUUUUGGUUUUGAUUGUAAUUUAGUAUGUGCUUUGUAGGAAAUUUAAGGAAAGUUGUAUCUAUCUAUAAAUGCGUUUAGUGUUUGAGUUUGUCAUAUUUGGUGUUCUCUAAAAUUAAGUGUGAUUGUGUCCGAGUAACAAAUUGUUGCUCGGAGGGUCAUUUUGUUGAUAAAGAGAGAGACGAAAGAAAGCUGGCAAUUCUGUGUAGAGUCCUAGCUGUUGGCAGAGAUUAUCGCUGCCUCAAUCACAGCUUUGUAUGGUUUGGAAAGCAAUGGGGGUUAGAUUGACUGCAUAUGGAGGAAUUCAGUUUUUGUAUCUCGCCCUUUUGAUUCUCGCUUUGGACAUUCACGGGUGUUGCUCUCUUAAUUCUGAAGGAUUGGCGUUGUUGAAAUUUCAAGAAAGAGUGGUUUAUGAUCCAUAUGAAAUUUUCUUAAACUGGAAUAGUGAUGAUUGUGAUCCUUGUUUGUGGACUGGCGUUCAUUGUUUUGAUGGUAAAGUGGAAAUGCUGGAUCUUAGUGGAUACGAUCUAAAAGGAACAUUGGCACCGGAGCUUGGAAAUCUUCCCCAUUUGAAAUCGCUUGAGCUCUCGAACAACCAUUUUUCUGGCGUUGUUCCUCGAGAAAUCGGACAACUCGAAAUGCUAGAGGUGCUGGAUCUAAGGGAUAAUCGUUUGAAUGGAAGAAUUCCGGCAGAAAUUGGUGGCCUACAUUUACUAAGAAGCUUGUUGCUUUGUAACAAUGACUUCGAAGGAAACGUUCCUUUGGAGAUUGGGCAGCUCGAGUUGCUGACAGACUUGCAGUAUGACACGAACCUCAUCUCUACGACAGACUUGCAGUUUGACACGAACCUCAUCUCUGCAGGAACUGGCUUCAUACAUAGAAAACUCGGGGGCUGCAUCUGUCAUUCCAGUUGGAGGCCGUUGAAGAAAAUGGGUUUCUACCUAGCGCCUAUAAAAGGGAUACUAGUCCGUUAUCUCAAUCUCGUUUCCAUAUUGAAUUUCGGGAAGGGCUUUUUGCACGGGAAUUAUAACUACAGCUUCGAACACCAGUCAACAGCUUUGUCUCGUCUCCAUGCCAUCACACGACGUAAGUUAGCUGAGCAGUCAAAUAACCUAGCUGCUGCUCCCGCAAAUGGCGGGGCACCAUUGGGCAAUAUUUCUCCCCAGCCAUUCAGCAGAAGUAGCGGGUCAUUUCCUGCUGUAAUUGGGGCAAAGGCGAAACCUCCUCAAUCACCACCGCCUUCUGGAGAUUCAAAGCAGCAUAGUAAAUCAAAUCCACAGCAAACCGACAACCAAGAUUCUGGACUUUCAUGGAAGUAUUUAGUGGCCAUUUUAUGCGGAGUUUUCUUGCUUAUUAUUGCUUUGGUGAUCAUCUGUAUCUGCAGAUGCAGAGCAGCCAGAACCAUUGGCCCGUGGAAGACGGGAUUGAGUGGUCAGUUGCAGAAAGCAUUCGUUACAGGUGUCCCUAAGCUGAACAGACCCGAGCUAGAAGCAGCAUGUGAAGAUUUUAGCAACAUCAUAAGAACAAACGAGGUUACCACUGUUUACAAGGGAACUUUAUCUAGUGGAGUCGAGAUUGCAGUUGUUUCUACUUCUAUACAUGCUCUAAAAGAUUGGUCCAAGUGUUCAGAAUUGACCUUCAGGAAGAAGAUUGACACUCUUUCAAGAAUUAACCACAAGAAUUUCCUUAACCUCAUCGGUUACUGUGAGGAGGAGGAACCUUUUACUAGGAUGAUGGUAUUUGAGUACGCUCCAAACGGAACUCUUUCUGAGCAUCUCCAAGAUCAAGAACUCGAACAUCUUGACUGGAGUGCAAGGAUGAGAAUUGUAAUGGGAGUAGCGUAUUGUCUACAGUACAUGCACAAUCUGAAUCCGCCUUUGUCUCAUUCCAACAUGACUUCAGAUAACAUAUUUUUGACAGAUGAUUAUGCUGCUAAGAUUGGAGAGAUCACCUUCUGGAAAGAAUUCACAGACAAGACAAAGUUAGGGGAAAACGAGGAGCAUUCUGAGCUGCCACCACUUGCAGAACCGGAAACAAAUAUCUACAGCUUUGGACUUAUGUUACUCGAAAUAAUUUCGGGAAAGCUACCUUACUCAGAAGAGCAAGGCCCUAUUCUGAACUGGGCUACACCUUUUCUGAACGACAAACAGAACACCGACAAAUUGAUUGAUCCAACACUGAAGUCCUACAAGGAUAACGAGCUAGCAGUCAUCUGCGAGGUAAUCCAACAAUGCGUUCAGCAAGACACGAGGAAAAGACCAACGAUCAACGAAGUCAAUUCAAAGCUGAGGGAAGUCCUUGGUAUCUCGCCCGAGGCUGCUGUUCCGAGGCUGUCUCCGCUCUGGUGGGCUGAACUCGAGAUCCUAUCUGCGGAGGCACCAUAAUCGGCAUACCGGCCUAUUUUAAGAGGAAGGAUUGGUUUUAUUAUGUAUAAAUACUCCAUAAUCCUGUGCAGUACUUCAGCUAAACCUCACAUAUAUUUUGUACUAGUUGUUCUCUCCAUCUGCCUUUGUAAUGGGUUUCUAGUACUGUUUCAUUCUUUGUUUCACUUUUAUUUUUUCACCUUUUUUUUUUCUUUGGAUUGAAGUGCUUUGCUACUUUCGUGAAUGUCAAUGUAAAGUAAAAUAUUUACCAAAAAAAAAAAAGAGAAAAGAAAAGAAAAAAGAAAAGAUGAUUUGAAGAGUGUCGAGUGUUUGUAACUACCUAAGCUCCAUCCUAGUUGUCUCUAGCUUCUUAGGUUCUACAGAGUGGUAUUUGCAGAUUUUGUGAAAUUUUUAUUGGAAUGGAAUGGAAUAGAAGGGAAUUGAGUA